CCCUGCCUGUCCCAGAUGAUGGCUCGGCUCCAGCUGUGGACUACGGGGCUGGCGGCCAUCGUGGCCUUGUCCGUCUCUCUCGCUGCUGCUGGAGAGUCGGGCCUCCCUGCGAUGGGAGCAGAGCAGAUUGUGAAGAAGGAGUCGCAUCCCGUCCUCUUCAGGAAGAAGAGAGAGUGGAUCUGGAACUCCCUCUACGUGGAGGAGGAGAAACCUGCGCCCAUGCCCUACAAGAUCGGACAGCUGAAGUCGAGCCAGAGAGUGGAAGUGAAGAGCUUCAGAAUAGACGGCGAAGGAGCAAACACCAUCUUCACCGUGGAUCACAAAGGAGACCUGUUUGUCACCAGAUCUCUGGACAGAGAGGAGAAGAACGCGUACCAUCUGACCGCCAGGAUGUACGACGGGAACAACAAGCUGAUCGAGGACGCUGGAGACUUUGUCGUCCAGGUGACGGACAUCAACGACAACACCCCAGUUUUCCCCAGAACGUACAACGGAUCCAUCACGGAGAGGGCCGUGAUCGGAACUCCAGUGUUAGAGGUGAGGGCGACUGACGCCGAUGACGCCACCACCGCUAACGGAGAGCUCAGGUACUCUUUGACCCCGGCCGGAGACCUCUCCGCCUUCGAAAUCGACAGCAUCUCAGGUGUGAUCAGCUGCAAGGUAAACACUCUGGACCGCGAAACCAACAGCCAGUACUUGGUGGUGGUGAAAGCUCAGGACAUGAGGGGGAUGGCGUCCGGCAGCACGUCCACCACCUCCGUCACCAUCACCGUCACCGACAUCAACGACAACAUAGCUUCUUUCUUGCAAAAGUCGUACGAACUGCACGUUCGCGAGGACCACAAGCUGAACGAGAAGAUCGGCACUCUGACGCUGGAGGACAGAGAUGAGAUCCAGCACAAACAGCCCAGCUUCCUCAUUGUCGGUGAAAACAGCAAAAUGUUUAACGUCGAGCUCAGCCCCAACAAGGACGGGGACCUCAUGCUCAAGCAGGCUCUGGAUUACGAGACGACCCCCAGCUACACUUUCACCGUCCAGGUGCGAGAAAACCUGAGAAGCCUGCAUCUGCCCGCCGACAACCUCAACAGCGCCGUCACCACGGCCCAGGUAAACAUCAAAGUGUUGGACGUGGACGAGGCUCCGGUUUUCUCGCAGCCCACCUACACUUUCACUGUGGUGGAGGAACGCAUCGUGAACAACAUCGGCACGGUCACGGCCAGAGAUCCCGACAAAGCCAACAAGAGCAUACGGUACUCCAUAGACAAGGACUGUCCAAUCAGCAUCAACCCGAUCACCGGUCAGCUGUCCACCCUGCGGACGCUGGACCGAGAGCUGAAGGCCUCGUACAUGUUUCAAGUUAGAGCUCAGGAGGAGCCGAGCGGUUUGGAGUCAUUCGUCAAAGUUAACAUCAUAGUUCAGGACAUCAACGACAACAAGCCUGAGCUGACUGUGGACGAGAUCUUCGUGUGUGAGAACGACCCCAACAACACGGUGAUAGGAACGCUGAGAGCCACAGACAAAGACGACCAGCCGGCCUCCUUCACUUUCGGUCUGGCCGGCCCGAGCUCCAACUUCUCCAUCAGAGACUUCGGCAACAGCACAGCCGACGUGUUGGUGAAACAGGGGCCCUUCAGCCUGGAUGACCCCAAGGAUUACAGCGUGGACGUACGCAUCAGCGACGGAGGGCGGCCCCUGCAGACCAGCGUCACUAAACUGGCCAUCAAGUUGUGUCAUUGUGACGGCCGGCGGAUUGCUACACAGUGCAAAGCUGGCGCUCGGAGGAUGGGAGUGAGCGUGCACGCGCUGAUCGCCAUUCUGCUCUGCAUACUGACCAUCCUCGUCAUAGUGAUCCUGUUUGUGAUGAGGAAACGCUACCAGAAGGACUCUCUGGCCAGCAUGAAAAACAGCGGCGAGAUUCACGAGCAGCUCGUCACGUACGACGAGGAGGGAGGCGGAGAGAUGGACACGAAUGGCUACGAUGUCUCCAUCCUCACGUCCGCGUGCCACGACGGCUCCCUGCUCCGCCACCCGGACCGCCACCCCCACCCCUCCCUCUACGCCAUGGUGCAGAAGCCCACCGCGUGCAAGGGCGACAUGGCGGUGAUGAUCGAGGUGAAGAAAGACGAGGCGGACCACGACAGAGACGGCUUCCCGUACGACACCCUCCACAUCUACGGUUACGAGGGACCCGAGUCUUUAGCCGGCAGCCUCAGCUCUCUGCAAAGUUCCUCCACCGCCUCGAACUUGGAUUACGACUUCCUGAACGACUGGGGGCCGCGGUUCAGGACCCUCGCCGAGCUGUACGGCGUGGACGCACCUGACUACUACCAUCAAUACUGAUGGAGACCGUCUGCUCAAAAAAAGCAUUUGUGAUGCCAAAAUACACAACAUCAAAGCAGCCAUAAACACACACACACACACACACACACACAGCCAAAAGCAUGCAGGAAAUAAACACAAACACACACACAAAACAAUGCUUUGAUGCCAUUUUGUUUCUGAGAGCUUCAUCAAACUCCAGGAAGCUUCAUCAAGUUGAAACGAGGAGUUUUCGGAGCCUCCUCCUCUUCCUCCUCCAGCGACGAGACGCUGGAGAGAUUUUUUAAGCACCACCAGGACGUGACGCCAUCGGAGAAAGCGACGACUAACUGCUUCACAGAUUCGCCAGAGGAUUGAUUGUCAGUGAGCUCCACGCCGCGAGGAUGAUUUUUAUUCUGUUACGGUGUCGUGAAGUUUUACCGUUUUUUAUUCCACCUGAGAAGAUCACAUGACGCUCCAAUCAGAGUUGGGUCAUUUUUGGGGUUAAUCAGGUCACUGCUGGCCAGCGAUGUUACUCAGUUAUUCAAAUUCCUUAUGUCCUUUUGCAUCAUU